AUGAAGAACUGUAAGAGACCACGGACGAUUCAAACUCCUUCGACGGAUGAUUAUUCGGAGGAAGAGAUUCAACGAGGUUGUAAAUUCCUGAGAAACCUGUAUCAGACCGUUGACAAGAAACUCUUCCGUCUAUUUGCGUACGCAACGGAGUCGUAUCAGUCUGGUUCUUUAGACAACACGGCUUUCAAAAACAGAGUCGCUUUUCUUCUCCGUGAUCACGACGUUUUGCUAGAAGAGUUUCGUCGUCUCUAUUCGGAUUCAACCAGAGAGAAGAAGAAGAAGAAAUCAGACGUGGAGCGAACGGUUGAGUUCAUAAACAAACUCGAAGCGUUGGGUGAGAAUGUAUACAAAGCUUUCGUCGAUGCGUUAUGGUACGACGGCGAUUUCGAGGUUCUGAUUGAACAGCUCCAAGAGCCUCUGAGAGAAGAGUUUAAAACGUUUCUAAUCGAAUCCGGUUUCCUCAAAAGAAAACGCGGUUUGGAAACGGCGGCACCGCCAAAUACUCCAGAGGACAACGUGACGCCGUCGUAUUGGAUUAGACCUGAAGCUAAAGCUGGAGAAGGGUCUUGUUCUCAUGAGGUUUUAAACGGGAAAUACUAUUCGAAAGGUCGGUAUGAUGAUCCGGAGACAGUAGGAGAGAAGAGGAGUAAACCGUAUCGCGAUGUGAGGAUGAAUAACCGGGAGGACAGGUUAAUGGAGGAAGACAUGUUCUUGAGAGCCCUAACUUUGGUCGUUGAGUUUGGGGAGAAUGUCAUGAAUAAAGAGGAGCUUGGUCAGAAGCUGCCGUUGAGGUUUAAUGAUGUCGUGGAGUGGUUUUACCAAGGCAAGAAGGUGCCACAAAUCUUUAAGACAGAUCCGAAACGUGGGUUAAAAGUUAUCUUACCUAGGCUGCAGAGUUUAGAGGAAGUGAUGAGAAAGGAGAAAGAGGCUAGGGUUUUAAGACGCUAUGAACGUGUGAUGAAUCGGAAGAAGUGA